AACUAAGUACCAGUCCAGCCCACAACAAACACACACUUCCUGAUCCUCUUCUUCUUUCACCCAAACAAAAAGAUGAGGUAAUCCCCUCAUCCUCAAUCCAAAUUUCCAACAAUGUCUCUCACUUUCUCUCUCCUCAAACCCCCUCUCUCCUCAUCCAAACCCACCACCCCAUUCCUCCAUGGCACCACCAAGUUCUCUCUCCUCCCAUCAUUCUCCGCCCUCUCUCUCUCCACCCCACCACCCUCCUCCGCCACAACUUCCACCUUCCCAAUCAUUAAAGCCAUGAGAUCAAUGCAAGGCAAAGUCGUCUGCGCCACCAACGACAAAACCGUUAACGUCGAGGUUACUCGUCUCGCACCCCACCCCAAAUAUAAGCGUCGGGUCAGGAAGAAGAAGAAGUACCAGGCCCAUGACCCGGAUAACAGAUUCAAAGUCGGUGAUUGGGUUCAGCUUGAAAAAUGUCGGCCCAUUAGUAAAACCAAGACUUUUCUUGCUGUUUUUCCUGAAGGUAGGCAGCUUCCUGGGCCCAGGCCCAACCCCGUUGUUGCUGAUGCUGAUGCUCCGAAUGAACUUGGGAUUCCUCUGGAAUCUCAGGCUGGUGAAGGGGAUAAGACUGUGUGAGUUUAGGUUUUGAAUUUUGUGGUUUUAGGAUGUGUUUGUAAGGUGUUUGCUGAAAUGCCUGACUGGAGAUUGGGGGGGUUUUGGUUCAAUUGUAAUGAUAACAUUUGUAUGUUUUUCUACUGUCUAAAAUGUAAGAUUUUGUUUAAUUUUGUAUUUUUUUUCCAGUGAUUUACUGCAGUUUCUUUCAAUAUGAAAUGAGUAUAAUAGUAUAUAGUGUUUGAUGAGAAUCUAA